AUGAAGGAGGUCAAAAGCGAGCGGGGACGGGAAUGGGGGAGUUGGCGAAGGCACCAGGACGGGGACUUGGCGGCCUCAGCAGAGGCCACAGUGGUGGUGAAGCAAGAGCGCCUCAGCCCGGAAACCGCGCCUCCGCUCCAGCGCUGGCCUGACUCCUCCGGGGGCAGCCUGUCCCCGCCGGGCCCCCGCGGUAGCCAAGCCCAAGGAGGGAGCCGGUCCCCAACCAAAAAGAAAAACAAGUCAUCAGGGAGAAGAAGCAAGUCUCCUCGAAAUAAGAGAAGCCGGAGUCCUCACUACUCAACCAUCAAAGUGAAGCAAGAACGUGAGGAUCAUCCCCGGAGAGGAAGGGAAGACAGGCAGCACCGGGAACCAUCAGCACAGGAACAUAGGCGAACCAGAACCAGUGACCGAGAUAGGCACCGAGGCCAUUCUCACCAGAGGAGACCCUCCAAUGAGAGGCCUGGAAGCGGGCAGACUCAGGGACGAGAAAGAGACAGUCAGAACCUGCAAGCUCAGGAAGCUGAGCGGGAACUCUAUAAUGCCAGGCGAAGGGAGCAUCGCCAAAAAAAUGACGUUGGUGCUGGGGGUCACGAGUUGGCUCCUAGGCCUGCGGGCAACAGUAAAGACAAAGAAAUGCCUGUUAAAGAAAAGCCAAGCUUUGAACUUUCUGGAGCACUUCUGGAGGACACCAACACCUUCCAGGGCGUAGUCAUUAAAUACAGCGAGCCUCCAGAAGCACGGAUCCCCAAAAAAUGGUGGCGUCUUUACCCUUUUAAAAACGAUGAGGUGCUUCCAGUCAUGUACAUCCAUCGACAAAGUGCUUACCUCCUGGAUCGACACCGCCACAUCGCAGACAUUCCAAUUGAUAAUCCUUCUUGUUCAAAGCAGCAUGCAGUGUUUCAGUAUCGGCUUGUGGAAUAUACUCGUGCUGAUGGAACAGUUGGCCGCAGGGUGAGGCCGUACAUCAUUGACCUUGGCUCAGGCAAUGGCACAUUUUUGAACAACAAACGCAUUGAACCACAGAGAUACUAUGAACUGAAGGAAAAGGAUGUCCUUAAAUUUGGGUUCAGCAGCAGAGAAUACGUUCUGCUUCACGAGUCCUCUGACACCUCUGAAGUAGACAGGAAAGAUGAUGAGGAGGAAGAGGAGGAAGAAGUAUCUGACAGCUAGCUAGCUGCCAAUCUACAAAACAGCCCAAGUUCUUGAAAGACCUUUUUCUAAGAAGGCAUUGGGAUUGACUCAAAGAUCACCAUGGUACUGUCUGUAAUGCCUCUUACUGCCUUAAGUCCUUCCUCUGUUGCUGAUGAGCUUCUGUUACAGUGUGGAAAAGCUGGUUUCUGUUUCUUAGGACUUUUUUCUGUGGCACAUCAACUCCAUGCCUGUGGACAUUUGUUUUUAAGAACAGUCUCAAUACAUUGUUUUAGUAGGAGCUUUGUGGUGUUAGUUGGUGCUGCCUAGAAAAUUUUAAACCCUUGGUUAGAGGGCAACUGUGACUUGUUCUCUUUGUACAGUUAUUUUAUUUAUAUAGUUGGUAAGCUUUGUGGGCCUGGUUUUCCAUUUGUUUUGGGUGCAGACCCCUGAACAGAGAAUCUUAUAGAGCUUUGGUUAUCACCAAAACAACCUCCAAUAUAUAACAAAGCUUUGACCUGGUUGAGCUCUUGAGUCAUAGAAGUUGAUUUUGCACUUCAUUUGAGGGGAGGGGAGCGUGUGGGAAUUUACAACAUGACCUCAUUUUUGACUGUUGGAUUUAAACUGACACUUUGUGAAGCCUACUUAUGCAUAUGGAAGAUUAUGGCUAUUUCCAAUGGGUGCUGAGUUAAUGUCACAAAAGUUCAAAAUGGGUCAUGGAUCUGUUCCUGUGAGAGUGCUGAUUCUCCAUGGAACAUGUACAUAACAAUUUUGAUCAUCUUAACUGUUCAACUUUACAUUUUUAUUCCCAUGUUCUCUUUCUUUCUUUGAGAAACAGCCAUUUCUGUGGCAGGAUCCUUGCUUUACGUCAACAUGUGUAUGCUUAUAAAGAAGGUUAUGUA